AUUGUGAAAGCUUCUGCAGCUCAGAGAGAUUUGUGAAAGAGUUGCCUGGAACUUGCAACAGGUUUGCAAAAUGGGAAAAAUUUUAACGUUUGUGAUUGUGAGUGUUUUGGUUGCUUAUUUAGCAAUGCAGUGGGCUGCACCAAGAUUCGACCCAGAAUCUCUCAAAGGUGCCAGAGUGUUGGUGACUGGAGCCAGUACAGGUAUUGGUGAACAAAUUGCAUAUCAUUACGCUCGCUUUGGAGCCCAGAUUAUUAUCACAGCGAGGAGGGAGAAGGUUUUACAGCAGGUAGCUGAGAAGUGUCUAAGUCUGGGAGCCCAGAAAGCUUUUUAUAUAGCAGCAGACAUGGCCAGUGAAUCUGACCCUGACAAGGUGGUUGAUUUUGCUCUGGAGAAACUGGGAGGUUUGGACUACUUGGUUCUAAACCACAUUGGCCCGACUCCCUUUGGCGUGUGGGAGGGAGAUGUGGAACAUACCAGGUGGUUAAUGAAGGUAAAUUUCUUCAGCUACACUCAGAUGGCCUGGAGAGCUUUGCCCUCUCUUGAGCAAAGUAAAGGAUCUUUGGUGGUUGUUUCAUCACUAUUAGCUAAAAUGACAAGUCCUUUCACUUUACCAUACACCUCAACAAAGUUUGCAUUAAAUGGAUUCUUUGGGUCCCUUAAUCAUGAACUGGCAAUGAAGAAGAGCAAUGUUUCCAUCUCAAUAUGCACACUGGGACUCAUUGACACUGAAUCAGCUAUGGAAAAAGUCAGGUUUGUGAAAUAUGCCACACCUCCUUAG